AUGGAUCCGUUUGGAAGUCCCACGCAGCCGACGUCGGUUAUUACAGCGUUAGGCGGCCAAACUCCUUCAUCGGUGCAAGGAGGGCCGGGAUCGUCCUCGUUGCUCGGCGGUGGCCCUGGCUCGGUUCUAGGGCCGGGCAGCAUUUUAGGAGGGCCAUCUUCGACUCUUGGUGGACUCGGUCCUGGAUCAAUUUCAAUGCUUGGAAGUACAGGUCCGACGUCGGUUCUAAGUACUGGCGGAAACUCUUCAUUAAUUGGCUGUGUUGGGUCAAAUUCACUUUUAGGUGGUGCUGGUCCUAGUUCGGUGUUGGGAAGCGGAAUGCUUGGGCAACAAGGGGGUCCAGGGUCAGUUUUACAUAGCCAUAGUGGUCCUGGAUCAAUACUUGGCUAUAGCAGUGAAAGAGGUGGUCCAUCAAGCAUAGUAAACCUCGGCGGUAAUCCAGGAUCUAUAUUCCAGGAUAUGAAUCCAGCAUCAAUUGAAGCUGGCAAUCUGGCUGUGCCAAUGACACCUCUAGCUGGUGGCGAUAAUUUUCAACCUCCUUCCAAUAUUCCCAUGGUAGCUACAAAUGCACCACAAACUCCGGCUUCACAGUUGGUUGAUAUACCAUCACCUGCUUUGCAGAAUAUUGUUUCUACCGUGAAUUUAGGCGUUGGUCUAGAUUUGAAGAGGAUAGCGCUACAUGCGCGCAAUGCGGAAUAUAAUCCGAAACGUUUUGCUGCUGUAAUAAUGCGCAUUCGUGAACCGAGAACAACGGCUCUUAUAUUUUCUUCUGGCAAAAUGGUGUGUACAGGUGCCAAAUCAGAAGAAUCAAGUCGACUUGCUGCUCGGAAAUAUGCUCGAAUUGUGCAAAAGCUCGGUUUUGAUGCAAAAUUUACGGAAUUUAAGGUCCAGAAUAUGGUUGGAUCUUGUGAUGUUCGGUUUCCGAUCCAGCUUGAAGGCCUUAAUUUAACACAUACUCAGUUUUCAACUUAUGAACCUGAAUUGUUUCCUGGUCUUAUUUAUAGGAUGGUUAAACCUCGAGUUGUUUUGCUCAUUUUUGUUAGUGGAAAGGUUGUUAUAACGGGCGCCAAAUAUAAGAAGGACAUUGAUGAUGCUUUCAAUCAAAUAUAUCCCAUUCUCAAGGGAUUUAAGAAAUGA